CUUUAUGUUAACUCACGUUUAUUAUAUUUAUGUUGUGUCAUGUAAUAUUAUGUUAUGUUGUAGCUUCUUCGUGCCAUCAAAAUUAAUCUAUUUAAUAUAGUAUGGAGACUUUCCCUGGAGACCCCACAUUAACCAAACUCUAAUGGUUCUCCACAGAGAGUCACCUGGUCAAGAGGUGGAUCGUGGUAAGAAGAAGAGUCUGUCCCUGGGGCUGGUCUUUGUUAGGUGGUCGCUGUUACCGCUACAUUCCAACACUUAUGAGCUGGGCUAGAGCUGAGAGAUACUGUCAGGCCCUGGGUGGAAACCUUGCGUCUGUUCACAACUACCGGCAGUACUAUUGGAUGCAGAGGCUGAUUUUCAGUGCCACUCAUUCGUAUAGACAGGCAUGGAUUGGAGGCUCUGAUGCACAACAGGAGCAUUACUGGUUCUGGAGUGAUGGCACAUCUUUCAACUACCGGAGAUGGUGUCGUGGAGAGCCUAAUAACCAUGGCGGCAAACAGCAUUGUAUGCAGAUGAAUCAUGCAGGUGGGAGGUGCUGGGAUGACCUCCAAUGCUCCAACAAGUUACCGUCUGUCUGCGCCAGGAAGAGAAGAUGAUUCCAGGUCUGACACAGAGACAUGAAGAACCCAUUAAAAGCACAAACACUGCAGGUUGUUGUGUGCAUGCUUUCAUAUACAUCUUUCUUUACACCCUCAGUCUCACAUGUGAGCUGAGUUUGUCUUUGCUAUCGCUGUAACGCUACUGAAGGAAUGAAGCGACAAGUGACAUAAACAGGAGCUGGAUUGUCUCUGAGGCCUUGUGCCUUUAAUGAGAGCAGACUGAAUGUGUUAUGAAAAGAAUGCUUUUAGCACAAAUCUACAUAUAUUCUGCAAAGUAAACUCUUCUUUCUUGUCUUAUGCAAAAUUAAAGGCUCAAGCAUCCAAACAAA